AUGAUUCAUCUUUGUUCAUCGGAAUUAGCUGAGAAGCUUCAUUUGCAAAGAGAAAAUGUAAACGUAUCAGUAGGAUGUUUAUCUGGGAUUUCAACAACGGUGAAAUCAAAAAUAAGUGCGGUUAUUUUAAAUAGAGGAAACACAUACAGUCGUAAACUAGAUUUUUUCGUAAUUCCGAAAAUUACUCAUUUGAUGCCUUCUAGACAAAUUGAUGUCUGUAAUAUUGAGAUUCCACAAGGAGUUACGUUAGCUGAUCCAGACUUUCACAAACCGGGUAAAAUUCAGUUACUUUUAGGAUCUGAAAUAUUUUUCGAUUUGAUAAGAUCCGGGCAAAUUUAUGUACCAAAUACAAAUUUAGUGUUACAAAACUCAGCAUUUGGGUAUUUGGUAAGCGGUAGCAUUGAAGAUUUACCACAUGAGAAACAAUUAAUGCAUUGUGGGUUAAUUUAUGACAAUGUCGAAGCACAGUUGAAGAAGUUUUUUGAUUUGGAAUCAAUUGGUAUCAGAGAUGAUCCCAAUUCUUACGAUGAAGAUAAAGCAUUAGAGAUAUUCAACAAAACUGUUAGUUUCAAAGAUGGUCGUUAUAUUGUUAGUCUGCCUUGGAAGAAACGUUGGGAACAUUUAGGCGACAAUUUUGGUGUCGCAGAAAAAAAGAAUAAAAAUCCUGAUGAGAAAAAAAUGCAGCAUGAUAAUACAUUAUACCUGAAAUAUAGAGAAACUUUAGAAGAGUACCUAAAUCAAGGGAUAAUAGAAAGAGUAUUAGAUUCUACGAAACCAGUAAACAAGCCAGUUUUUUAUAUGCCGCAUCAGGCAGUUUAUAGAGAAGAAAGCAUUACAACAAAAAUGCGUAUUGUAUUUGAUGCGAGCUCACAUGAAAUAGGUAGUCUGUCCCUGAAUGAUUGUUUGUGGCCAGGAGAUAUCGAAAAGGCAUUUUUACAGAUCGUGUUAGCUGAGAAAGAUCGAGAUGCAGUUAGAUUUUUAUUUGUUAAGAAUAUUGAUACACCUUUGCAGAAUACCGACGAUCAGCUAGAAGUGUAUAGAUUUAAGCGUGUGCUCUUUGGUGUUAAUUCCAGUCCUUUUUUGUUAGCGGCAACUAUAAAGCUGCAUAUCCAAAAGUACAGAAAUGUGUAUCCCGAUACCUUUCAAAUUCUUGAUACAUGUAUGUAUGUUGAUGAUCUUGUUACAGGAGCAGAUGAUGUAUCAGAAGCCUUAAAAACUUCAAGGGAAGCAAAGGAAAUUAUGCGUGGAGCUGGGAUGAAUCUACGCAAAUGGGUGACGAAUGAUUAUCAUUUAGCUAAAAAAUGGGAAGAAGAAAAUUUUGAUAUUCAUCCCCUAAGCUCAAAUGAAAAGAUACUGAAGGUAUUAGGAAUUCAAUGGAACAUUCAGGAAGAUAGUUUGAGUAUAGAGACUUCUUGUUUGACGAAAAUUUCGAGGAGAAAGAAAAGUACCAAACGCUUCAUCCUCCAAACAGCUGGAAAAAUAUAUGAUCCUCUUGGACUCAUCACACCAUUCACUGUUAGAAUAAAACUUUUACUACAAAAGCUAUGGUUACGUAAAUUACCAUGGGAUGAAGAGCUUCCUUCUGAUUUGAACGACGAGUGGUCUCAGUGGUGUAGCGAGCUUUCAGAACUUAGUAACAUUAGUGUUCCAAGAUUUGCUUUGGAUUCAUGUGAUGAAAAUAUAGAGAUCCAUGUUUUUUCUGACGCAAGUCAAAAGUUGUAUGGUGCAGCCGUUUACGUAAAGGUAAAGAAUCAAGAAAAAAUUUCUGUGAAUUUGCUGGCUUCCAAGAGCAGAGUUUCACCUGUCAAAAAAGUUUCCUUGCCUCGACUUGAAUUGCUGGGUGCACUGAUUGCUGCAAGAUUGGGAACGGAAGUUAAAAAAGUUCUAGAUCGUAAAGGUUCAUCUAAUAUCUUUUUUUGGAGUGAUUAUUCUAAAGUUACACUGUAUUGGAUCAAAGGAUCAAGCAGAAGAUGGAAGUCUUUCGUUCAAAAUCGCGUCGACGAGAUUCAGAAGUUGACUAAUCCAGAUUCAUGGUUUUAUUGUUCAACCAAAGACAAUCCAUCCGAUCUUCUAACGCGUGGAGUUAGUGCCUCUUCUCUAGUGAACAAUUCUAAGUGGUGGACUUGUGCAGAAUUUUUUACAGAGCCGCAUCUUCCCUACAAGUGCUUACAACCAAUAGUUCCAGAGGUUGAGAACCUAACACCAAAUGAAAGGGAGUCCUUUGUGCAAGAAAGCAAAAGUUCUAGUGACAUUAAUGACAUUUCUGAGAGAACUAUGUUGAUUGACAUGAACUCUAACGUUUUAGACGAACUCUUGAAUAUUAGUUUAUAUGUAAUUGCAGGAAAGGUGAAUCAAGAAAGGUAG